UGAGGUGCUCCUCUGCGCCGCAGGUGAGCUCCGGUGCGGGGAGACGUGGUGCCCGAGUCCCCGAGGGCCCGUCAGUAGGUGCGGUGUGAACGCGAGGGCCUGCCGAGGCUCGAAGCGCUCCUGGUCCUGCGGGAAUUGUCCAUCUAUCUUUGUACAAUAUUGUUGAUGGGACAAAGAAGUGGACAUCAAGAAAGAAGCAAGAAACUAGAACUGGCACUAAGCAAGACCAUGAAGGCAGAAGCAGAAGUACAAAACAAUAAAGAGGAAGCCGAAGAGCUGAAGGCCAAAGACCAGAGGCUAACAUCAGUCUUUGGUGUGGCAGACUUAAAAAAUGGAGCUAUUGGGCUGUACAACGUUGGACAGAGCUGCUGUCUGAACUCUCUGCUCCAAGUGUUCCUCAUGAAUAUACACUUCACAGGAAUACUUCGAAGGAUCAUAGUGCCACCAUAUGCUGAGGCGAAGAGGAGGAAUGUCCCAUACCAAAUGCUCCUGCUGUUGGAGGAGAUGCAGUGUGGCAAGCAGAAAGCUGUUUCUCCCACAGCCCUCGCUUCCUGUCUUUCAGUAUACAGAGUGAAAUUGUUUGUGCAGCAUGAUGCUGCCCAGCUCUUUCUGACUCUCUGGAACUUGAUAAGGAAGCAGAUGAAAAAGCCAGAGCUGGUUGAAGAGCUGAGUGAUUUGUACACUAUCUGUGUACAGGAGCACCUGGCCUGUCAGAAAUGCUCUUUUGAAACAAAGAGGAACAGCAGCAUGGUAACCCUUCCACUCCCAGUGUUGGAUUCCAGUUCUCACAUGCUGAAGACUCUGGAGGACUGUCUGCAAUACUUUUUCCAUCCAGAAGAGUUGACUGAUCACAACAUGUGUUUCUGUGAACAGUGUGGAAGGAAAACACCUUUUCUGCAGGGCAUGAAGCUAGUCCAUCUGCCACAGACUCUGACCAUACACCUAAAGCGCUUCUGCUUUGAAAAAUCAGCCUACAUUCACAAGCUUAGUCACUAUCUGCCGUUCCCACAAGACCUUGAUUUCAAUGCAGUCUUGACAGAAAAUCAGUGCCAAGCAGAUGACAAUGAAAAGGCUGCCUGGAAGUAUGAGCUUUUUGCUGUUGUUGCUCAUUCAGGAUCGACUAGUUGUGGACACUACUGUGCCUAUAUUCGAAGUCUUACAGAACGUAAAUGGUAUUGCUUCAACGAUUCUGAGGUUUGCCAGGUAUCGUGGGAUGAUGUUAGAUGCACCUAUGGACAUUCCAGCCUCCACUGGGGAGAAACGGCCUAUCUCUUGAUUUACAUGAAAAAACAUCCUCAAUAGCCUUAUCCAGGAGUAUCAGAAUGUCUCGGGAAGCUGUGUGUUGUCCAUGGAGCUCAGCACCUCUGUGCCAGUGUGGACGUAUACAGAUGUUCCACAAGAAAGACAUUCUGCACUCAGUCAGCAACCUCUACCUUCACAUUUAUUUAUGAAAAAAGUGCAGGAGAGACUCAGCUAGAGAAAGAAUCUAAGAACUGUUGCACCUAGAAACUUUCUCUUUCAUAUAAUUUUGAUAUUUAUGUGAUUCUAUAUAUUAAUUUCCUCUUAAAAGAUAGUAAAGUUAGUCCUUGUCUCUGCUGACUUACCAGUUUCUUUAAUGCUGAUGCCUAGAUUCUAGUACAGGGGAAGCGUUUGGCCUGAAAGCCUGGGGUCACAAGUCCUGCCAGCAAACCUGCUCCAGUGUGGGCUCCUCUCUCCAUGGGUCCACAGGUCCUGCCAGGAGCCUGCUCCGGUGUGGGCUUCCCACAGGGUCACAGCGUCCU